UUUCCCCUCUGUAUCCUUCUUUGUUCUCUGUUAAAACUCGCAUAUAUACGGAUACACAGUCGCAGAGACGCACGGUGAUAUUAGUUAUUACACUACAAACAAAUACUCAUAACAGAUAGAAAGAGAGAGAUAGCGAGAUUCUGGGAAGAGCCAACAAAAACGAAGGAAGAAGAGAGGAAAGAAAAGAAAAGAAAAUAAAGAAAAACAAAAAGAAAAUAAAGUCGUUUCCCCAUGGGAGAAACCGGUAUCAUUGUCCGGUUCCCUGGAAACUUAGACCCCAGAGCUCAAGAGUUCAUACCCACAAACACAACCCACACUCCCUUGCCGCAACUGGCAACCGUCUUCCCCCUUCCCCACCACCCCUACACCGCCCAACCCUCGUAUCCACCUUACCCUUACCCUUACGCCCCAUCCCUUGGGGUUGGUGUACUUCCCUUUCACGAUGCUCAGCUUCCCCACGCCGCCGCCGCCGCCGCCGCCGUUCCAUUCCCUCACUUCUCCACCUCCGCCGCAUAUGCAGCUCCUCCUCCUCCUUUCCCGUCGCCUCACCUGUCCACGUCACCAACCCGGUCGUUGCUCCUGAGUCCCUUACCAUCGGACCUGGCGGUUAGCGAGUCCUCACUGAGGCGCGAACUUGAAGUGUUCGGUGACGUCAGAGGGGUCCAGAUGGAAGCCCUCCAUGACGGAAUCGUGACGGUCCAUUUUUAUGACCUCAGGGACGCCGAAACGGCGCUAACGGCGAUUCGACAGCAACACAUGCAGCACCAGGAGAGGCUCCGCAACCACUAUGCUUCGUUGUUCAAGGCCAGAAGCGCGUUUCCUCUACCGCCACCGCCGCCGGUGGUUUCUCCGCCGGCGCCCGGUCUCAUCGCCGGGAGAGCUGUGUGGGCGCAGUACGUUCUCCCGGUUUGCAACGCCGUCCCGGACGGUCAGAACCAAGGCACCGUCGUGGUCUUUAACUUGGACUCGGACGUUUCCGCCGAGAAUCUCAAACGCGUUUUUGAGGCUUUCGGUGCAGUAAAGGAACUAAGAGAUACACCGUCGAAAAAGAAUCAAAGGUUUGUGGAGUUCUAUGACGUUAGAGAUGCGGCGAAGGCAUUGAAAGAAAUGGACGGGAAGGAAAUUUAUGGUAGAAAGGUUGUAAUUGAGUUCAGUAGACCCGGUGGUCAAAGCAGAAAGUUCUUCCAUUCCCCAGCUUCUAAACAAAAGUCUUUGAACCUGAAUAAUGUUCCACCGUUCUAUGCUUCGAAUCAUCCUCAUCACGUGCAACGCAAAAACUCGCGUCGUUUUGGAAGUUCAUGCUGGAACUCUUCAUGUUCUACUACAUUUCCGCAAUUGCCCUUGUGGAAGAGUUCAGGCGGUGGAAGCAAGGGAAGCGUGAACGGGGGUUCGGAUUCUGGGUCCGUUGAGGCAGUUGGGAACGCCGUUUCGGAGGAGCAGCUGCAGCGGCGCUCGGACGCUAGUCAGAAGAGGAGUCCCAUUAAAGAAAGCGGCGAGGUCGGUGAAGGAAGCGUAAAACACCACUACCAGCAACAUCAUCAACAACAACAUAUAGUAAAGAGUAGACACUGGAAGGGGAAGCAAGGGAAGAAGCACGAGACAAGGUUUCUAAUUAGAGAAGACGCCAUUGUGGAGUCUAGUUCCAGAGAUCCACGAACUACUGUGAUGAUCAAGAACAUUCCCAACAAGUAUAGUCAGAAGCUACUAUUAAAUAUGCUGGACAACCAUUGCAUACACUGCAACGAACAGAUUGGCGACGACGAGGACCAACCAUUGUCUUCCUACGAUUUUGUGUACCUUCCAAUUGAUUUCAACAACAAGUGCAAUGUGGGGUAUGGGUUUGUGAACAUGACAUCUCCCGAAGCCACUCUGCGGCUAUAUAAGGCGUUCCACCUGCAACAUUGGGAGGUAUUCAAUUCCAGGAAAAUUUGUGAAGUUACAUAUGCAAGAGUCCAGGGUUUGGAAGCUUUGAAAGAGCAUUUCAAGAACUCAAAGUUCCCAUGCGAGAUGGAGCACUACCUGCCGGUGGUGUUUUCACCUCCUCGGGACGGUAAGUCCCUGACGGAGCCACUUCCAAUAGUUGGCAACAACAAGAACAACCACCACCACCACAGCAUUAUUAUUCCCAUGGCCAUGAUGAACGUUCAAAAUGGUGUCCAAAAGUCUGAUGAGGAUGAUGAUGAUUUUGAUGAUGAUGAUGAUAGGGCAACAAGAAGUGCUUCUACAAUUGCUUGUGAAGACGUGCAUAGUAGCCAAAGUGGCGGCGUAUGUGAUGAUGAUUGAUGAAAACACUGAGUAGUGGUUGGAGAAUAGUGCUGCUCCCUUCUGAUGUUACAAAUGUGUAAGUAAAAGGGUGGCAUGUGCAUGUUUGGUUUCUUGUCAAUGUGUGACAUUUAAGACUCUUAUGAACCACACUCACACACCCUGCUGGUGGAUUAACCAUCCCAUGUCUUAAGUUUUUCCUUUUUUUUCUCCUCAAAUAUUUUCAUUUAUUGCUAGUAGUAGUUUCAGCCUAGUUGUAUUAAUUGAGUGUAUUGAUUAAUAGUCCUCUUUUUUUCACUUUUUUAUUUCAUCCUUUAAGAAAUCUCUUGUAGCCUUGCAAGGUCCUGCCAUUUCCGAUGUAAUGGUCAUU